AUGGACCCCCUGAUCAAAGUCAAUGUCGAUGGUGCCUGUGAUAAGAAUACCACCUCCUCCGGAGCAGGUGUGAUUAUUAGAGAUGCAAGGGGUAAAUUCAUAGCUGGUUCCUCUAGAUCUUGUAUUGCAGGAUCUACUAUUGAAGUUGAAGCCAUAUCUCUUGUGAAUGGUUUGAAGUUGGUCAAGCAAUUGAACCUAGACAACAUUGUUAUGGAAAGUGAUUCACAUGAGCUAAUUUCAGCUUUCGGAAACCACAUAGAGAAAGGUAAUUGGAGAAUCUACCCUUUUCUCAUUGAGUUUCAUCGCAUCCAUCAUCUUCUUAGCAGUGUCUCUUGGAAUUGGAUCUCCCGUGAAGCUAACCGUGCUGCCGAUGCAGCCGCAAAGCUAGCCAAAUCGAGGUUGUGCAUAGAAGUGUGGGUUAAUAUACCCCUAACCUCUCGUCUCUGUUUUAUCUCAUGA